AUCCACCCGCUGGAGAUCUUGCAGGCGCAGAUCCAGCUCCAGCGGCAGCAGUUCAGCAUCUCUGAGGACAAGCCCCUGGGCCUGAAGAACAAAAAGGCCGAGUACCCCAGCCAGAACAGGGAUGCCGACUUGAACAGUUGUUGCUCGGAAACCGGCAAGGGGGCCAUGAGCACGAUAGACUUGGACUCGCUGAUGGCAGAGCAUAACUCCACCUGGUACAUGCCCAGCGAGAAGGCCUUGAUGGAGGGGCAGGAGGAGGACAAACCUCUGGCACCGUGGGAGAAGUCAAAGCCCCAGAAUCCCAGCAAAGAAGCCCACGACCUUCCCCAGAACAAGACCUCAGCUGCGGCGCAGACUGGCAGCCAUUUGCAAUGCCUCUCAGUCCACUGCACGGAUGAUAUGGGAGAGUCGAAGGGCCGGACUGCAGUGCCGACAUGGAGAUCCCUGCACUCAGACAUCUCCAACAGAUUUGGGACUUUUGUGGCUGCCCUGACUUGAACAAAAGGAAAUUUUUUUUUCUCUUUUUAAUUUUAAAGGGCCACUACCGCUAGGUGGACUAUUUUUCUAGGUUGGUACCUGCUUAGUGUCAGAUGGACUGGAAAGGGUUAAUUUAAAGUAAACCUCAAUUUUUUUUAAUCUUCUGCCACAGUAUGUUACCAGUGUUAGCCCUUCUGCAGUUGGCACACUUUUGCUUAAGAUUUUUCUGUUAGAUCGUUUCCCCCAUUAUUCUGUAAUCUUGGCAUACGUUUAUAGAUGAGGCCUUUUCCUUUUUUGUCUCAACUUAUGUCCCAGUGGUGUAUGUCAUAAUAAGACAAAGAUACUGCUACUUCUUUUCACUUUUUCUUUCUUUUCUUUUUUUCUUUUGCUUCAGUGCUUAUUAAAAUGGAAAUCCUGAAGAAUAGCAGUUCAGGAAUUAAUGCCGGGUGAAGUGGAAUUGUCAUCGUAAUAUUAUAUAUUGACCAAGCUUUCAUCAGUCACAUACAAACCAAACAAUUAAUGAUCUAUUAAGUAUUCAGCCUGCAAUUUUUGUCUUUCUUUGGGAGAAUUACUUUUUGUUACCAAGAGUACAUUCACCCUUCAUCUCUGGCUGUUAAGUGGAAACAGCUAUUCAGUUGAUUGGCUGACUUGAAGCCCAGAUAUAGAGUUCUGUUCUGAACCAUAGGGCCUGUAACUGUGAAGCUUGGUUGACCAUACGUACUUAAAUGUCAAUUUCAAUUUUUGUUAAAGCAUUUUAAUUCCUUCCCCACCAAGGACCUCGGUUUGAGUGGAAUUCUUCAUGUACUUGUCCCUCUCGCUGGGGAAACAUGUAGAGUGCAGAUCAUCUCCAGCACACAAUGUGUAUUUAAAGUUCCCACACCUUUAAUUUUUCUCGCAGAAGAAAGGAAGUUUAAAUAAUCACAUUAUUUCUCUAAUCAUUGAAGCAGGGGCUUCUUUUAAGGAAAAUCAAAUACUAAAUCCCCUUUGUACUGCGCUUAUCCUAUGAAACAACUUCCUGACUACAUGAAUGUAUGAAAGCUGUGAUUCUUUGAUGUUGGGUACUCUCCCCUGUGUUAGGCUAAAUAGAGAUCCACCGUCUAGCUAUUACUUAGGCCAUCUCUGCAUUGCCACAUAUAUUGGCAAAAUUCGCAUCGCUCAGAGCUGUGAAAAAACACCCCCUUGAGCCACAUAUGUUUUGCCAGCAAAAGUGGCAGGGUGCACAGUGCCAUGUUAGUGGGAGAGUUUCUUCCACUGACAUAGUUACUGCUGCUUAUUGGGAAUAGUUUAGGUAAGCUGAUGGGCAAGCUCCCUACCGGCAGCAUAGAAAGGCUGCAUGAGAGAUCAUACACUGGUGCAGCUUAGGACUGCCACCAUUCUGCUUUCUGAUAACUGGACCCUUGAGGCCCCAAACUUUUAUUUACCUGUUUCUCCCAGUGUUCCUCUCCAGGUUGCUCACUGGGUCAUCUCCCCUCCCUUUCCCCCAGCCCUGGGGUUGGAUGGGGACCACUGCAGCUGGACAAAAAGCCUGCCUGCAGGUGUGAAGCAGCCCCAGGAGAGGCUGAUAUGGGUUAAUGACCUGUCUCUCCCUCUCCCCCCACCUCCCUGCGGUAACUGAUAUUUGGUGUCCAGUUACUACCUCUGACCGGGCAUUGCCAGUUGAGAGAGGGGUUGUGGCAACUCUAAAUGGCACCUAGACACAUAAGCCAAUAACUGGAUGGUCGGUAAAAUCCAAGUGGGUGGCAGUCUUAAUGCAGCUGCAUCAGUAGAACUGUCCUUCUGUAUACUCUUAAAAUUACCAAGGUACUGAAGCAAAGGCCUCAAUUUUGACUAAAGAAAAAGGUUUCUCAGAUUUCAGGAAAAGUUUAGUAUUGCUGCUUGUGCCCUUUCUCCACAGCAGGGCUUUGGUGCCAUUACUUGAAGUGCUGUCCUUUAAUGCAGGACAACUUUGGAAGCCCCAGAGGCCACAGUGAUACUCACUGCUCUUGCCAAGGGCUGCAACUUAAGUGUGGUUGCAUAGACAUGCAAAUAUAUGCAAAUAGCUUC